AUGGGCUCUCUAUCACUCAUAGGUUAUAAAAUUAAGAAGAAUCCUGUAAUAACAUUACUUUUGCCCUUUAUUGCAUUAGUCUCAGUAUAUUUUGUAGUAUUCCGCACAGAUGACUCCAUAUUAGGGAUUGGUAGUUUACCAUUAGGAAAUCAUAAAUGGGCGCAUGAAAUUGAACAUACAUGGUAUUUCCCAUUCACAAGUAGGUUUAAAAUGCCUAGAUAUUCAUACAAGACUCAACAUAAUUGGUUAUUCAAUGACCGUGUUGAAGAUAUCAUCCCAGAGGGACAUAUUGCACACUAUGAUUUGAAUAAACUACGUUCUACUCCAGAUGCAGCUGUUGAUAAAGAACGUGUAUUGAUUCUAACUCCUUUACAAUCCUUCGACCAACGUUAUUGGGAUAAUAUUUUACACUUGACUUAUCCUCGUGAUUUGAUAGAGCUUGGUUUUAUUAUUCCAAGAACUAAAACAGGUGAAGAGGCAUUAAAGAAAUUAGAAAUUGCAAUUAAGGAUGUUCAAAGUGAUAAGAAGAAUCAAAGAUUUGCUAAAGUUACCAUUUUAAAGCAAGAUUCACAAAGUUUUGAUAAAUUGCAAGAAAAGGAAAGACAUGCUUUGAAUGUUCAAAAGGAAAGACGUUCUGCAAUGGCUUUAGCAAGAAAUGAACUAUUAUUCUCAACUAUUGGUCCACACACUUCUUGGAUUUUAUGGUUAGAUGCUGAUAUUAUCGAGACACCAAUGUCUUUAAUCCAAGAUAUGACUGCACAUGAUAAACCAGUACUUGCAGCCAAUGUCUUCCAAAGGUAUUAUGAUGACGAGAAAAAAGAAGAUUCUGUAAGACCUUAUGAUUUCAAUAAUUGGCAAGAAUCUGAUUCAGGUAGAGAAUUAGCCUCUAAGAUGCAACCUGAUGAAAUUAUCUUAGAAGGUUAUGCAGAAAUUGCCACAUAUAGACCAUUAAUGGCUUAUUUCCAUAAUAAAAACAAUCCAAUUAGUGAAGAAAUGAUGCUAGAUGGUGUUGGUGGUGGAUGCACAUUAGUGAAAGCUGAAGUUCAUAGAGAUGGUGCGAUGUUCCCAAGUUUCCCAUUCUACCAUUUAAUUGAAACAGAAGGUUUUGCUAAGAUGGCAAAAAGAUUAAAUUAUGAAGUAUAUGGGUUACCAAAUUAUUUGGUUUACCAUAAGGAAGAAUUUAAUUAG